CUCCUCUCCUCGCUUCAUUUCGGUUUUGGACUCUGGUGGAAGAUGGUGCACUGUUUACGGGUUUCAAGGCCCAGCUGGAUCUUCCUCUUAGGGUCAUCUUGCCUGCUCUUAACAAUCCUCCCUGGCGGACAGGGCAGGCGAGGCGCGCGAUCUAUCCAGGAACCUGUCAGACUUGACGUGACUGUCCAAGUAACAGAAAACGUGUCCGAAAAGGUCACGUUUAAUAUAGGCUACAGCCAAGGACAAAUACUGGUGAAUGGAUUCCCUAUCAACAAAGGAGUCACAAGGAUAUCAUCCAAUAUGGAAAUAUGGUCAUCUAAUGAGUGGAGGAGCCAAACCCGAAUUGGCUUGGCCUGCUUACGUCUCCUAGUUCAGGAAUGGCCAACAAAUUCCAGCUCCAGGGAGUCGCAGAUCCUUGUUGAGCCAGAAGUGAUUGAAAUUGAUGGAAAACAGGUUGAACAAAAUAUGACAACUGAUGUGACAUUUGUAAUUAAUGAAGAGACUGGCCUUUUUGGAUAUUCUACUUCAAUCAUCCCUCGUGAGGAGAGCUUACUAUACAUUAUACCAAGGGCUAACGAUGUCUUAUUUACCUUCUCAAACAUCCCAGAAAGUGGCACAAUGCACUCCUUGCAGGGUAACAAAACGACUCUAUCUCUUGAAUCAUCAGGUGACAGCGCUCCGCAGCAUACAACCUGGGAAUAUAACAUCAGGCAGAAUACCACAAUGGAUGAGGAGCCUUACCCUGGAAAGCUCCCAGAGACCCCUAUUAGAGCAGAGAUGCCAUCUUCUUCAUACAAGGUGAUGUGCCAGUUUGCAGAAGAACUACGAGAGAAGCUGUGCAUUAUUUGGCGCCGUUGUUAUCCUGUGUUGAUUGACCUUGCGCAAGUUGUUAUCAUGGGAGUCAUAGCAGCUGCCAUUGUACUUGAAAUUCUUAAGAUUGUGUAUCCUUCAGGCGGACAAAAGUAUUUUCUGACUCCUAGUGACAUCAAGGAUUCGCCUGUGCUUGUUCCUUUGGUUUUACAAGAGAGAGAGAAGAUAGAAAAAUCCAAUGACACAGAAAGUAAUCAGUGAAAUUUGUGGUAGUAUAUCACUGCGAGUUCAUUGUUUAUAGCUGGAUUCUAAGCAGCCGGCUGUCAAUUGCCAAUCCUUCGGAUUCGUUUAUCUGAAAAACUAUUGUAGUGCCGUGACUUGGAAGAUAGAAGGUUAAAACUGCAGUAUAAUGGCACACGUAUUUUGUAUGUAAUAUGAUUUAUACGCGUUUCACACAAGCUCCUUUAAAUAAACACAAGGUGUAAUAUAA